GAGGGCCCAAAGUCUCCAUCCUUGGCCCGUGGCAGCGCUAAGCAUCCCGGCUCCAAAUCGGCCCGGGAGCGCGUCAAGGUGACCAGGCACGCGGGAGGUGAGAGGAAGUGAGCCCGCCUUGGGGGCUUAAUUGGUAGUGGGGGUUUUGAGUCCGGGUGGUGCGCCGAUCUUUGGGGAGAGCCCAGGUCGCGCGGACCCAGGGGCGCCGGCGGAAGGGGCCGGCCGGGGCGUAUCUCCUAGGGAUGGGGAGGGGGACGCAGCGGGAGGCUCAGAGCCUGCUCUUCCACCGCCUCUGCCUGGUCCACCCUGCGCUCACCCUGCUACCCUGACCUCCCAGCAGGCAACCUCCGUCGGCCACCCCUUCUUUUUUCCCCUCCCCCAUCCAGUCCCCAGGGGCUGCUGGCCUGCGGGGUAAGGAGAUUAGAGCCUCGGUGGGGAGGAGGGAGCGGGCUAGGGCUUUGAGGGACCGGGCUGGGGCCAACUGGGGCUGGGGCUGCCCGGGACCGAGCAGAGGUGUGGACUGAACGUUGCUGCGCGGGAGUAGUGGUCGGCGGAGGGCAGGUGCUACGGCGGUGGGCUGUAGGAUGCUCCCAGUAGCCGAUCUACCCCGAGGAGGCGGGGUCUGGGGGCGAGGGCAGCAUUAGAAAGCAAGGGCGCAUUGAGCCAGGGAUCGAGGUCUGCCCGAAACUGAGCAGGCCCUCUUUCUGCAGGCCGGCGGCGGCGGCGUGAUGGCGGAGAAGGCGCUGGAGGCUGUGGGCUGUGGACUAGGACCUGGGGCUGUGGCCAUGGCCGUGGCGCUGGAGGAUGGGGCGGAGCCCCCAAUGCUGACCACGCACCUCAAGAAGGUGGAGAACCACAUCACCGAAGCCCAGCGCUUCUCCCACCUACCCAAGCGCUCAGCCGUGGACAUUGAGUUCGUGGAGCUCUCCUAUUCCGUGAGGGAGGGGCCCUGCUGGCGCAAACGGGGUUAUAAGACCCUCCUUAAGUGCCUAUCAGGGAAAUUCUGCCGUCGAGAGCUGAUUGGCAUCAUGGGCCCCUCAGGGGCUGGCAAGUCCACGUUCAUGAACAUCCUGGCAGGAUACCGGGAGUCUGGAAUGAAGGGGCAGAUCCUGGUCAAUGGGAGGCCACGGGAACUGAGGACCUUCCGCAAGAUGUCCUGUUACAUCAUGCAGGAUGACAUGCUGCUGCCACAUCUCACGGUGCUGGAAGCCAUGAUGGUCUCUGCUAACCUGAAGCUGAGUGAGAAGAAGGAGGUGAAGAAGGAGCUGGUGACGGAGAUCCUGACAGCACUGGGCCUGAUGUCCUGCUCCCACACGAGGACAGCCCUACUCUCCGGUGGGCAGAGGAAGCGCCUGGCCAUCGCCCUGGAGCUGGUCAACAACCCGCCUGUCAUGUUCUUUGACGAGCCCACCAGUGGUCUGGACAGCGCCUCCUGUUUCCAAGUGGUGUCCCUCAUGAAGUCGCUGGCCCAGGGGGGCCGUACCAUCAUUUGCACCAUCCACCAGCCCAGUGCCAAGCUCUUUGAGAUGUUUGACAAGCUCUACAUCCUGAGCCAGGGUCAGUGCAUCUUCAAGGGCGUGGUCACCAACCUCAUCCCCUACCUGAAGGGGCUCGGCUUGCACUGCCCCACCUACCACAACCCUGCUGACUUCAUCAUCGAGGUGGCCUCUGGAGAGUAUGGAGACCUGAACCCCCUGCUGUUCAGGGCUGUGCAGAAUGGGCUCUGUGCCAUGGCAGAGAAGAAGAGCAGCCCUGAGAAGAAUGAGGUCUCUGCGCCCUGUCCCCCUUGCCCUCCGGAAGUGGAUCCCAUUGAAAGCCACACCUUUGCCACCAGCACCCUCACACAGUUCUGCAUCCUCUUCAAGAGGACCUUCUUGUCCAUCCUCAGGGACACGGUCCUGACCCACCUGCGGUUCGUGUCCCACGUGGUGAUCGGCGUGCUCAUUGGUCUCCUCUACCUGCACAUCGGCGACGAUGCCAGCAAGGUCUUUAACAACACCGGCUGCCUCUUCUUCUCCAUGCUCUUCCUCAUGUUCGCUGCCCUGAUGCCAACUGUGCUCACCUUCCCCUUAGAGAUGGCAGUCUUCAUGAGGGAGCAUCUCAACUACUGGUACAGCCUCAAAGCGUAUUACCUGGCCAAGACCAUGGCCGAUGUGCCCUUUCAGGUGGUGUGCCCGGUGGUGUACUGCAGCAUCGUAUACUGGAUGACAGGCCAGCCAGCUGAGACCAGCCGCUUCCUGCUCUUCUCAGCCCUGGCCACUGCCACGGCCUUGGUGGCCCAGUCUUUGGGGUUGCUGAUUGGAGCCGCCUCCAACUCCCUACAGGUGGCCACCUUUGUGGGUCCAGUUACCGCCAUCCCCGUCCUCUUGUUCUCCGGUUUCUUUGUCAGCUUCAAGACCAUCCCCACGUACCUGCAAUGGAGCUCGUACCUCUCCUAUGUCAGGUAUGGCUUUGAGGGUGUGAUUCUGACCAUCUAUGGCAUGGAGCGAGGAGACCUCACCUGCUUGGAGGAACGCUGCCCUUUCCGGGAGCCACAGAGCAUCCUCCGAGCGCUGGAUGUAGAGGAUGCCAAGCUCUACAUGGACUUCUUGGUCUUGGGCAUCUUCUUCCUGGCCCUGCGGCUGCUGGCAUACCUUGUGCUCCGUUACCGGGUCAAGUCGGAGAGAUAGAGCUUUGUCCUGGCCUGUGCCCCAGCCCCCGCGGCAGGAAGCCCCCAGCCCCAGCCCUCUGGGACUGUUUUAACCUUGUAGACUUGGGCACUGGUUGCUGGUGCAGCCACCCUCCCCUCUCGAUUCCUCUGUAGGCUGGCUGUCGGACUGGGCUGUGUUCCCAGCCUCGGCCCUGGGGGUCGGGGUGCCAGGCCUCUCUGGCCCGCCCAGGCAUCUUCCCAAGUUGAUGCGGUCUGUAGCUUCCUCCCCCCUCUCCCCAACAUCUGCAUGUGAAGACCACUAGGAGGCUGCCACCCUCCUUUCUGUCCCUGGCACCCUCCUCUGUUGUCUGCCUGGGAGCCCCAGGCUCUCCAGGCCCCCACUUACAACUGACCAAAGUGGCCCCCUUUGGGGGUCCCCGCCACACAAGUGUUUGUAAACUGGGCUGUUAUAAGGUUGGGGUUCCAGGGCUGGGCCCUGGUGGGGUCCCAUGGAUGUCCCUUUGGACGUGGGAACGGAGCAGGGAUGGGCUCUGGAAGUCUCUUCCUCCGCCUCCCUUCUCCUCGCCUCUAGACCCUGGCCAGUUUGGACAAUCUCUUGGGACAGAAGCUGGGUUUUCUGUCUGGGUCAUGCCUCCCAAUCCUGGGGAUUGGAGAGGCCUGGCACUACGGGCUGUCCCUGUCCCCAUUCCCUGUCACCUCCAGUGGGGGCUGGGCCCGUGGCACCUCUGCAAUAAUGUCUUUGUUUCUCUCCCACCCGGCCCUGGAACUGGAGAAUGCACUUUAUUCUGGGAGGGAGUAGGAAAGACCUGAGCCUCCUUUCUCGCUGCUUGAGAGGUCCUGUAGUGCUCCCUCUCCUCUCCUGAGUUACAGGCACACACUUGCGAGCAGGCAAUCUCAGCCCUACACACAUUCACUGUCCCCCUCUGCCCUGCCAAGGCACAGAGGAAGAGUGAUGGUGGUGCAGUGGUGGUGGGUGCUGUGGGGAGGUGGGGUGCCAACUUCCUCCUGGGGAUCCUGCUUUGAUUCUAAGGAUGAGGCUGGUGCUGCCUAGGUGUCCCCAGGAUCUGCAGGUGUCUGCCCCCCUCCCCAGUCUUCCCUCCCUCCUGACCCAGGGGUGGCACUGGGCACCAGUUCCCUGGAGGACAGGACCGCACACAAGCACAAGCACGGGCAUAAAUUAGACUUGGCCACUGCCACCCUAUGGCUCUUCUUUUGUGUGUCAAGCUGGCAUUCUCACUCCCCCAGCCCUUCCAAGGCCACUUGCUGCUCAUUCAAACUUCCGUCCAUGUCUCUCCAUCUGCUUCCUAUCAGCCAAGGUGGGCCUCGGGCAUCAGAGCGACACACACACACACACACCUAGAAGGUGCCUGGCUUUCCUGGAGGGGGACCCAGGCCCAUUCUACUUCUGAUUUUCCCCUUCCCCUAUGGCUCUCUUCCCCCCUUUUUCCUAUACACAUACCCCUCUACCUUCCCCACCGUGCCACAGAGUCUUCCCAUCACACAGAGAUGCCAGUUGUAUUUGUGGGACUUCACCCAUUAUUAAUAAAACCUAUAUUUAUACAG